AUGAAAUUCAAGGAGAAAAGGUCUAACACUUGCUCCAGGCCGCCACUGUUAGUGCCAGCAAUGCACGUCCACCUUUUGAAUUGCAAAUCACCAGAUCCUCUUUCUCGGCGUCUAGGUCUCAACAAACUGGAAUUGUGUAUGAUGGUUUUGGAGCAGUUGCAACACACCCACCCAUCAUCUUCGCUAUUCCGGGGCAUCUUUCUAGAGGCUAUCCAUCAUAUCUUCCCAAGCUACGUAGCUCAGUCUACCAUACCAGAGCUUGCUACAUCAGAAGAUUCAUUGCAGCCUAAUGUCAUGACCGAUGGCCUCAUGGCCGGAUUCAAUAUCGGCGAAGACGCUAUCGAUGCACUGAUGGACGAGGUGUCGAUAUUUAAUUUUUGGGAGUCGCUUAACAACAUGCAGUCAUAG